CGUCCGAUUUUUUUUCUCUCCCGCCGUUUCUUUAUAACGCAUCCCCUUGACACCUUCUCUCCCGGUCUUCUAUUCAAGGAUCAAUUUUGUCUUCCACAGAUUCAUACUCUUCCCACCACCGUCACAAUGGGUUCCUCUAUCAACGCUGACUAUGCCCUGUCGGCUGCCCACAAGGAGAUGCUCGAGAAGAGCCUCCUCGACUCGGACCCCGAGGUCGCUGAGAUCAUGAAAGAUGAGGUCCAGCGCCAGCGCGAGUCGAUCGUCCUGAUCGCCUCCGAGAACAUCACCUCCCGCGCCGUCUUCGAUGCCCUGGGUUCGCCCAUGUCCAACAAGUACUCCGAGGGUUACCCCGGUGCCCGCUACUACGGUGGCAACCAGCACAUUGACCAGAUCGAGCUGCUUUGCCAGCGUCGUGCCCUGGCUGCCUUCCACCUCGACCCCGAGAAGUGGGGCGUCAACGUUCAGUGCUUGUCCGGCAGCCCUGCCAACCUCCAGGUCUACCAGGCCAUCAUGCCUCCCCACGGCCGCCUAAUGGGUCUUGACCUGCCCCACGGUGGCCACUUGAGCCACGGCUACCAGACCCCCCAGCGCAAGAUCUCGGCUGUCUCGACCUACUUUGAGACCAUGCCCUACCGCGUCAACCUCGACACGGGCAUCAUCGACUACGACCAGCUCGAGAAGAACAUUGUCCUCUACCGCCCCAAGGUCCUCGUCGCCGGUACCUCUGCUUACUGCCGUCUGAUCGACUACGAGCGCAUGCGCAAGAUCGCCGACCUUGUCGGUGCCUACCUCGUCGUCGACAUGGCCCACAUCUCGGGUCUGAUCGCCGCCGAGGUCAUCCCCACUCCCUUCCUCUACGCCGACAUUGUCACCACCACCACCCACAAGUCCCUCCGUGGUCCCCGUGGUGCCAUGAUCUUCUUCCGCAAGGGCGUCCGGUCCGUCGACCCCAAGACCGGCAAGGAGACCCUCUACGACCUCGAGAACCCCAUCAACUUCUCCGUCUUCCCCGGCCACCAGGGUGGACCCCACAACCACACCAUCACUGCCCUGGCUGUUGCGCUCAAGCAGGCUCAGACCCCCGAGUUCCGCCAGUACCAGGAGAAGGUUGUGGCCAACGCUAAGUCGAUCGAGAACAAGUUCAAGGAGCUCGGCCACAAGCUCGUGGCCGACGGCACCGACAGCCACAUGGUCCUCCUCGACCUGCGCCAGCACGCCCUGGACGGUGCCCGUGUCGAGGCCGUCCUCGAGCAGAUCAACAUUGCCUGCAACAAGAACUCCAUCCCCGGUGACAAGUCGGCACUGACCCCCUGCGGUAUCCGCAUCGGUACCCCCGCCAUGACCUCGCGUGGCUUCGGCGAGAAGGACUUUGAGCGCGUCGGCCAGUACAUUGACGAGGCCAUCAAGAUCUGCAAGGAGGUCCAGGGUGCGCUGCCCAAGGAUGCCAACAAGCUCAAGGACUUCAAGGCCAAGGUGGCCGGCGGCGAGGUCGCCCGCAUCAACGAGCUCCGCAAGGAGAUCUCGGCCUGGACCAGCGCCUUCCCCCUCCCCGUUGAGGGCUGGCGUCUGGAUGCCGGCAUCUAAGCGUGAUGUCCGGUGUCGGUAGAGGGAGGCCACUCGAAUUUCAUCAACAGAGUGGUCGUCGUGAUGUGAUGAGGCGCGGAUCCCACCGGGUCCGCCCACGAUAUGUUCAACAAAGCAUGCAUUUUCAACAGGCGUUCCUUUUUGCGGUCAGUCAGUCAGUUUGAGAGGGAGAAACACAAGUACGUGCGAAAUGGGAGUUAUGCCACGGGUGGCAGGAAGCUGAAAAGAACUAUAUCCGUUUCCUUUGUACGAUGAUGGAUAUUUACGAAUCGUCUUAACACGAGAUACAUAUUUGAAAUUGAUACGGCUCAGGCCAUCAAACCUA